CUGAGCACCACGGUCUGUGAAAGCGAACAGAGGAGUGAAGAGCGAUGGCUUCAGCCGGCCUGGAGAUCCUGGGGAUGAUCCUGACCGUGGCCGGGUGGCUGGGGGGGAUGGUGGCCUGCUGUCUGCCCAUGUGGAGAGUAGCGGCGUACAUAGGCCAGAACAUCGUCAUCACGCAGAUCGUAUGGGAAGGUUUGUGGAUGAGCUGCGCGGUGCAGAGCACAGGACAGAUGCACUGCCGCAUCUACGACUCCAUGCUGGGUCUUCCCGAUGACCUGCAGGCUGCGCGCGCUCUGAUAGUCGUGAGUAUACUGCUCGGUGUGGUGGGCAUGACUCUGGCUGUGGCUGGGGCCAAGUGCACCAACUGCACAUCAGAUGCUGCUAACAAGCCGCGCAUUAUGCUGGCAGCCGGGGUGACGUUUAUAAUGUGUGGACUGAUGCUGCUAGUGGCUGUGUGUUGGACGGCCAACGGCAUCAUCCUGGAUUUCCACAACCCGCUUCUAGAGGAGACGCAGAAGAGGGAGUUUGGGAACUCGCUGUACUUCGGAUGGGGUGCCUCCUGCCUGCUGAUCGUAGGUGGAGGCAUUAUGUCUUGUUCCUGCUGCUCGAAAGCGCAGAGCAAUGCCGUGCCGACGAGAGUGGACUACUCAGGGGUCAAAUCUAUGUCUGUGAAUGGAUAUGACAGGAAAGACUAUGUCUGAGAGGUUUGACUCCGUGCACAUGAAGGACCUUGAGAGAAAAGUCAACAAGUCUGCUAAAUGAUGGCAACAAGCGUUGAAACGUCAAAACGAAUAAAUGACUGAUGCUGAACUUUGAUUACCAACAUAGCAGAUAUAAGAUUAUCGUUUUUGUUUUCAUUUGAAUGCAUUUCAUAUUGUUGCAAGAAGUAAUUUUGUCAUUUUAUCCUCUGUUCUUGUUUGUUUCACAAUCAGCUUAUAGUUGAAUAAUCAGUAGUUCUUAAGUGGUGAUAAUAAAUGCCAUUUUCCACUAAAAUUGCUAAAUGAAUGGUUACAGUUAAUUUUGUGUCCAUUUUAAACAUUCUUCUAUCUAUAAGUAACUUUGCAACUGCAUGUCAACUAAUUUUCAUUAGAGUU